CAGGCUUGGCUAUCUCAUCGGCGAGGACCGGUGGAUUUCACUUGCGAGCUUUGCCGCUCAAGCUUGGCAUGUCGCCUGACUAUGGCCACACGUUUACAGCUUAUUUUCGUUUUCUUCGCAUCAGUCUUGCUGUGGUCAGCUCAACUUGGCUCCACAUGGCAGGGCAUGCAACUAGCUGGAAAGCUUCUUCUUGCUGGCUGGCGCAACGUAGGUCGGGUGAGUCACCUUUUAGCACAGCCACCAGGCUUCUUGGACUUUUGCCAGAACUUUGCGCAGUGUGCAAAGCAGCGGACGGUGAUCUCGCUUGGAACCUUGGUCUUGGCGCUGAACUUCUUUCGUUCACGGCGGCCCAUCUUCCUGGGCGAGGAGUUCAUGGUCAAAGUGUGCACUGUCAAGAUUGGCGGCUGUGUCCUUGUCUUACUACAUGAAAUUAUUUGGGUCUUCCCGGCUGUGAAGAAGAUGGCUCCACUCUAUGCCUGGAGUGCAUUAGGGCACACCUUGCUGAUGGACACAAUGAUCUUGGCCUUCCUCAGAGUGCCUCGAGAGGAGCAAUGUGGCCGUCAGGCUCUUUGCCGCAUCUUGCAGGCAGCAGUAAGCUUGACCGGAGACUUUCUACCGUUUGCAGCCGUGUUUUUCCUUUGGCUGGCCUCAAUUGGCAUGGUGGUGGCUGCUUCACUGGUUCCUUGCAUGGCAUUGCUUUUGCAUGAAGCUGUUCGCGAUUUGCGUCGUCGCCGGCAACAACAUGGAACAGUACAAAUGGCAGUGUUUAUUCUUUGUUUGGCAGUCAGAGUGAUGUCAUUCCUGGCCGCCAACGUCUCAAAGGGGCAGGGAGAUGCGUUGGCCGUAUGGAUGGAGCGAGGGUCUUUGACGCUUUGGCUUGCGGUUGAGGCUGUGGUUUUCGUGGACUUUGCAAUCUUCCGCGGGGGCUUAUCCUGUGCUCGGGAUGGAACUUCUCAGGUUCUUUGGACCAUGGCGUGCCUGGGACAGGUCGUGCUAGUGGUUUGCAGCCACCUGCACGCUGCGUUGCCGGGAAUGCUUCAAGCGGAAGGGUGCAGAAGCCGAGUCUUCACCCCCUUUCACCGGCGGCAAGGCCAUGAGUCCAUGAUGUGCCAAUUUCAGCUUCUAGCAGGGAACUGUCGAGGGGAUCCUGGCACAGCAGCUGUCCAGGUAACGGCUUUAUCAUUAAUGCUUCUUAGCUUCUGGAGUAUCCACGCUUCAGUCUUUUGUGGCUGGUUCAGAAGGUUGAAGCAGGCUUUGACUCAAGCUUUGGCCCACAUUGAACCGAGUCAAGCCGGGAGCCCAGACAAGGGAAUGUUGUGGACAUGCUAGCUUAAGGCUUGGACACUGAACAUGUGGCUAAUCUUUUGGCGUGUUCCUUGACUGUCCUGAUGCAGAGAGUAUGCGUGCAGACUCGUUGAACCAACUGCAAGCAUGUAAAGCCUUUGUUGGUGAAGAGAGAUCUCAGUAUAUGAUAUAUAUAUAUAUGUUAUGUAUACUGUAUACAUAUAUAUAGUCUACUUAACCACAUCCCGCACGGUAAUGCCAAAGGGCUGAAAACAGGUUAUAUAAGCCUAGACAUAUUUGAUGGCAGGAGAUAAAGGUAUAUCAAACUAUUCUGAAUUGACACCCAACUUUGUUUCCACUUCCCUCCUGAGCACUGCGGGAACAUGCAGAGUACAAGCCUGUCCAACAACAAGGACAAUAUCCUUGGAGAGAAGUUGCCUUUUUGCACAGCGGAAAUGCACAAAGAGGGAGGUUUUCCUCUAGACCCAAAGACCAAUAGUAACUAUAAAUUCAUGUUGCACUAAGCUUGGUGUAAGCCAUCGACAUGUAACUCAGGUUACAUUCUUCGAUCAUCCCUGUCACAAAGCACCGUACUUGCCAUCAACUAUGCCGACAACUCCACGGUAAUUCAACUGAAUCUGAAUCGGCAAAUGCGAGCACGGGCUUGUAAUGUAAGGUGCUGGCUCUCAUAUUGUCUUGAUUGAAUCGUUGAUAAGAAAACGAUAUCUUGCGUUUGUUUUGAGUCUUGUGACCAGCCACCUUAGCACCGAGACGACGUAGCUCAAGGGACAUGUUCAGCCAAAGGAUGCAGCU